AUGCUGACUGCAGCUUACCAUGGGGAUCUUAGGAGAAUGAUUUCCCGUUUGUGCUUAGUCAGAGUGCGCCUGUCCCUCUUAAAUUCACCAGCAGCACCACCAUCCCAAGACAGGAGGCUGAAGAAGUGGAAGAAGUGGCAGAGAGGUGAGGCAAGUGUAUGGAUUAUGGCCUUGCAGAAGCGACAGGGCGAUGUAAAUGGUUCGGCUCUCGGGUUUGUGCUCCAGGGCGCGGCUGCUACAGAUCUGGCCUCUGUGACGGAUGAUACAGGAGCGGGUAACUCCAGGGUAAUCAUCGCCGCCACCGCCGCCGCAGCUGUGGCCUCAGGUCUGGGCUCAGUCUGGACUCAUACUAAUAGCAUCAUUACAUGA